UUCUGGAAGAAGAUAUAGAUUUUUUUCUGCUCUUCUAUACUUUUCCUUGUCCCGAUCGAGAAAAAGACAGAGACGCCUGUCCUAAAGAGAAUUUUCAACCGACAACUUUGCAGAUAAUCAGGUUUUCGAUCGAUCCAUAGAACUUUGAUCUCUUGCUUGAUGGGCACCUCGUGCUAAUUUUGAUUAAAUGAGAUUCUGGGAGUUACUUUUGAGUGAGAAGGCUGUUGUUAUAGUUCCUAAUGGGGAUAAGGUACUUGUCGGUCUCGGUGGCAUCAACAGCUCUGAGCUUUGUGGGGCUUCAAGUCUGGACAGAGUUGUCUUUGGAUAGGCUUAGAGCUGAUGGGCUGAUUGCAAAGAACAUUUCUUUAGGAGACUCCGAGCAUGCCCUUGAGCUGCUUCUGGGAUCUUACUUUACAAUCGCCCUGUUGACCAAUUUUGUGCUCAAUGUGUAUAUUCUUCUGAUACUCUCCCUCAAGACUCUAUUUUUUGGAGAUUUAUAUGGCGUUGAAACUAAAAAGUUGGUGGAGCGACUUGCCAAUUACAUCAUUUACAAGGGUACAUUUCUGCCGCUGGUGAUUCCCCCAACAAUAUUUCAGGGUGUACUGUGGACAGUUUGGCUGACUGUUCUAUGCACUUUAAAGAUGUUUCAAGCUUUGGCUAGAGACCGGCUUGAACGAUUGAAUGCAUCUCCUUCUUCUACACCUUGGACAUACUUCCGUGUGUAUUCAGUUCUGUUCUUGGUUCUCUCUGUUGAUAUGCUGUGGAUAAAGCUUUCCCUUAUGACAUACAAUACAAUUGGUUCUUCUGUGUAUCUGUUGUUACUUUUUGAGCCAUGCAGUAUUGCUUUUGAGACCUUGCAGGCGCUGUUGAUUCAUGGGUUUCAGUUGCUUGAUAUGUGGAUCAAUCACUUAGUAGUCAAUAACUCAGACUGCCAAAGAUCCAAGUUUAUCGAUUCCAUGACAGCAGGCUCACUAUUGGAAUGGAAAGGCCUCCUCAACCGAAACCUUGGUUUCUUCCUGGACAUGGCUACUUUGGUAAUGGCACUAUGUCAUUAUUUGCAUAUCUGGUGGCUCCAUGGCAUUGCCUUUCAUCUGGUGGAUGCAGUUUUGUUUCUCAACAUACGUGCAUUGCUUAGUGCAAUUUUGAAACGAAUGAAAGGAUACAUAAAACUGAGAAUAGCUCUGGGUUCUCUCCAUGCAGCCCUUCCUGAUGCAACUUCUGAAGAGUUACGUGCAUAUGAUGAUGAAUGUGCUAUAUGCCGGGAACCUAUGGCUAAGGCUAAAAGGCUUCACUGCAACCACCUUUUCCAUCUUGGAUGCCUGCGAUCCUGGUUGGAUCAAGGUCUAAAUGAUGUUUAUUCUUGUCCUACAUGUCGUAAGCCUCUUUUUGCUGGUAGAACUGAAAGUGAGGCUAACCCUCGCACAGUUGAAGUCUCAAGGGAUGAGCAGCUAGCGCGUCAGCUUGAAAGACAAAACAGUCCUGCUCAUCCACUAGCCACUGGCUUAUUCCCUGCUGAGAUGCCAAGUUCUGUUGAAACUGAUCCUUCCAGGAAUUUAGGAUUGGAUCCAAGCUGGCUGCAGACAUGGUCAGACCAGGGCAUUGAUGUCGCUGGUCCCUCUACUACAGCUUCUAGGUCCGUUGGACUGGGGAGGGUUCAGAUGAUGAUGAGGCAUCUUGCAUCUGUUGGGGAAAGCUAUGCUCAGACUGCACUUGACGAUGCUGCUUGGAGUCUAUGGCCGAUGAACCCUUCACAAGCUUCCACUUCUACUACUACAACCAUACCUCCAGGUGCUGGUGGAAGGACAGGUGGUCUGCAUCUAAGAACUGUAUCAAAUGUGACAAAUGAAAGCUUGGCAAGUAUACUAGCUAUGGCUGAGACAGUGAGGGAAGUCAUGCCACAUGUGCCUGAUGAAAUUAUUUUCCAGGACCUGCAGAGAACAAACUCUGUUGCUGUUACAGUGAAUAAUCUUCUCCAGAUGUGAUGAUAGUUUGUGUAAAAAAUACUGAGAACUUUCUGCACUUUCAUUUCAACCUUUAGGUAUAGAUUGAUUCGGGACAUAUCCCUGUCCUUGAGUUUAUACACCACCCAACAUUGUGCAUCACUCUUUACUAUAGAGAAGAAGAGGCUAUGUUGCUCUGGAGAUAUCUUGUCACAGUCUCGAGGGAGAGUGACCACUCUAUGCAGCUACCUCUCUUAUGUAAGAAUGUGUAAUUUACAAUAAAAACAAGUUAAAUUAAAGAAUCUACGGUUAUUGAUCCAAUAGCCUGUUAUGUAAUAGUAUAUCAUCAAAUGUGUAAACUCAGUUUUUUU